AAGAAUGCUUGGAUUUUGGUUAGAACGGUCACGGGAAAUUGUUCUAAAACUUCAAUUCUCUAUAGCCACCACUUGUAUAUAUGACCUUCUCCAAUGUCUCUCUCUCUCUCUUAUCCUCCAUGGUUGAGUUCUCUUUUAUCUUAAGAAGUAUUACAGGUCUAAGUGCUCCAUGGCUUCUAUUUCUUCCUUUUCUUGCUCUCCUUUAUCUCAUGAUUAUGAGAGACCAGACCUUGAAUCCAUAAAGGCACUUGUUAUUGCAGUAAAUGAAUAUUUUCUUGAAUUCUUAGCAAAUAUUGAAUUAUGGAAUUCUUUGAAAUCCCAAUGUAUUUCUAAGCUAAAUAUUAGAAAGCAAGAAUUCUUUGAAUUUUCCGAGCAUUCAGUUAUAUCAAAUCUUUAUUGGGGGAUUGAAAGCAUUGAAGCUGCAAUUCAGGAGAAAAAUGCAGCAGAGAGACUUACCCGGUUAAAGAAUUCGGAAAGAAUGCUUCAGGCCCCAGCAUUGCUUGAAGAAGAUGGAGUCACAGCUGGAAUUCAAAACCAUUAUUUGGUUUGCUGCUCAUACUUUUACCUUUCUUUGGUUAGAAAAUUGCAAAAUGAUGAGUCUCAGGUUGCCCUGCACUUUCUCCAAGCAACAUCGGUAUCGCCAAGAACUAUUCGAACUGAACUUGCUCCAGAACUCUGUGCAAGUCUGUUUAAUUCAAGAAUUGUUUCAGAAAUGGAUGUCAUCAGUGGAAAGAAUGAUAAGGAGGCCAUUAUUAAUGAAGCAAUUAGGGAGAUUGCAAGGAGAUACAAACACUGGCUAAUGUAUUAUCAGGUCAUGUUAUAUGGAGAGACUCUCCAGUGGCAGUGCAGAAGCAAAGAUGCUUCAUUCCGCGAUGAUGAAUUGCAGAGUUUCUGGCAAGUAACCAAAAGUAGUGACUCUUCAAUUUCAAUUGAGCAAGGACACUUGCUGAAACCAUACAAAGAUGAGAAGGUGCAUCCACUCGAUCCUCAAGAAUAUGCAGCUUAUGAUACAGCAGACAAACUUAAAACUUGCACAGAAAUUCGAGAUGACAGUAAAGUUCAAAACCUGAAAACUCAGACUGAAGAGCCUGAAAAAUAUACAAGCAUCAAAUGCCUUCAGGAAGUACUGAUGGAAUCCCAAUCGGAUACACCAACUUCAGCAAAUUCAUGCUACAGUUGUUAUGUGGAAGAAGAUGAUGAUGAGGAAACUAUGGAUGAUACUAAAAUGUCAAUCAGAACUACAAGUGAAGCUGAUAUGCAACUACAAGUUUGUGAUCAGAUGCAGGAGGCUUCUUGCUUCACAUUGAACCAAAUAUACAAACCGAUGAUUUUGCCACUUGUACCUCAGCAAGCAGUGCAAAAGGUUAAUGAAGUAAAUAUCAGUAACUUCUCUUCUGGCAGAUUUCACAGUUCUAUCAGCGAUUUCGAUUUAUCUAUCAUGGAACUUCGAAAUAAAAAAUCAGGUUCUUUCCCGGAUGGCAAUGUUGAAGGAAUUGAUCGGGUAGGAGCAAUUGCUCUACAGAAUUGGAAGGUCAUGCAGAUGGGUAGACACCAAAAAGCUUCAAGGGAAAAACAGAGCUCGCCAAGCUCAAAAAACAUGAAUGAUCUUUGUCUGCAUUCGGGAAAAGAUUCCAUUUCCAAUACUGAGUUAAUGGCAAUACUUGAGAAAGCAAUUUCAAAACUGUGCUUCUCCGAAGGAUUAGCAAAAUGCGAGGAAGACUAUGCUGUAGAACUUACAGCCAUUUACAAUAUGUUGAACAGCAAAAAGGGAAUAAAAUACACUAUCUUAAAGGAUAUUAUUCUGGAUCAGCUGCUAACAGCUAUUUCAAGUUCUAAAGAGGAAAAAGUCAUAAGGGCAUCAAUGUCUAUUCUUACAAGUAUUGUAUCAGUAAACAAGUCAGCUAUAGAAGAUAUCAGGAAGAAGGGAUUGCGGUUGUGUGAUUUGGCAACUGCUCUCAAGCAAAAUGUGCAUGAGGCAGCUAUUCUUAUAUAUCUGAUAAAUCCAUCCCCAAUAGAAAUAAAGACAUUAGAACUUAUGCCAGCAUUGGUGGAGAUUGUGUGUACUUCAAACAACUACAAGGGGAAAAUACCUUCAGAAUUGCUGACACCUCCUGCAGCAUCAUUGAUGAUUGUUGAAAUUCUAGUAACUGCAUUUGAUUGUGGUACCAAUAACAUGCACUUGGCUGCAAUCAAUUCUCCCAGAAUUAUCAGUAGGUUACUAGAUGUUGCUAGAGACAAUAAUGUUGAGGAAUGCAUUUCCAUGGCCAAUAUUUUAAUAAAAUGCAUGCAAUUUGAUGGACAAUGCAGAAAAUGCAUAAUGGAAUUUACUACUCUGGCUCCAUUUAAACGUCUACUACAAAGUAAUGAGAAGCGUGCCAAGUUAAUAGCACUUCAGUUUUUCCAUGAAAUCCUCUGCAUGCCAAGGUCAUCAGUCAUUACCUUAUUGCAAUGGUUACAGAAAGAAGGAAGUGAUGGCAUUAUGCACAUUCUGCUGCAGUGUGUCCAAGAACUUCAACCUCAUUACCAACUUUUGGCAGCAAAUUUAUUGGUGCAGCUAGACAUUCUGGGAGACUCAUCUGGUAAAAGUAUGUUCAUGAAAGAGGCUAUGCAGAUCAUCCUCAAGUCAGUGGCAUCUGAAGAAAGCUCUACUUUGCAGCAACUGUCUACUUUCAUUCUGGCAAACAUUGGAGGAACUUAUACUUGGUCAGGGGAACCAUACACAGUUGCUUUGCUAGUAAAAAAGGCAGGCUUGACCUCUUUGAAACACUGGAACAUGAUAAGAAACUUUGACUGGUCAGACCAAAGCCUGCAGGAUGCUGGAAUUGAAUCCUGGUGUAGCAAGAUUGCAAAAGGCAUUCUUAGCAUAGGCAAACCAGUAUUCCAUGCUUUAGAGAAAGGUCUAAGAAGUAAGAUCAAAAGGGUUUCUCGGGACUCUCUCACCGCUAUUGCAUGGAUUGGAUGUGAAAUUGCCAAGCAUCAAAAUGGCCUAAGAAAUUCUGCGUGUGAGAUACUGCUCGAUGGUAUUGAGCAAUUUUUGCACCCAGGAAUGGAGCUUGAAGAAAGACUUCUAGCAUGUCUUUGCAUCUAUAACUAUACUUCUGGCAGAGGAAUGCAGAAACUAAUCCAUUUCUCAGAAGGAGUAAGGGAGUCCCUGAGACGUUUUUCAAGUGUAACCUGGAUGGCUGAUGAACUACAUAGAGUAGCUGACUUUUAUCUGCCUAAUAGAUCACGUAUAUCUUGUGUACAUUCACAAAUUUUGGAGGCAAAACACAACUGCAGUGGAGCUGUAACUGCCCUUAUCUACUACAGGGGACUGCUCUAUAGUGGCUAUUCUGAUGGCUCUAUUAAGGUGUGGGACUUCAAACAACAAUCAGCCGCUCUUUUAUGGGACCUGAAAGAGCACAAAAAGACAGUGACAUGUUUUUCACUCUAUGAACCAGGGGAAAGCCUUUUAAGUGGGUCUGCUGAUAAAACCAUUAGGGUUUGGCAAAUGGUUCAUCGAAAAUUGGAGUGCAUUGAAGUUAUAUCGUUGAAAGAACCAGUUCAUAAGAUAGAAACAUAUGGCCAGAUGAUUUUUGUUGUAGCGCAAGGCCAUGGAAUUAAGGUGAUUGAUUCAUCAAGAAUAGCAAAAGAGAUGUGCAAGAAUAAGAAGGUUAAGUGUAUGAGCGCAGUGCAGGGAAAACUUUACAUAGGCUCCAUGGAUUCAAGCAUACAGGAAUUAGCAAUAACAAACAAUAGAGAGCGAGAGAUCAAACCACCAAUAAAGAGUUGGAUGAUGCAAAACAAACCAAUCAAUUCGAUAGUUGCAUACAAAGAUUGGCUUUAUAGUGCAAGUUCAAUUGUUGAAGGUUCAAAAAUUAAGGAGUGGAGAACAAAUUACAAGCCCCAAACGACAAUACAAACUGAGAGAGGCAGAAAUGUACAAUUCAUGGGAGUAGUGGAAGACUUCAUAUACUUAAAUUGCAGCUCAUCAACCAGCACCCUUCAGAUAUGGUUGAGAGGGAAGCAACAGAAUGUGGGGAGAAUAUCAGCAGGCAGCAAAAUAACAAGCCUACUCAUUGCCAAUGACAUUGUUUUGUGUGGUACUGAGAAAGGACUAAUCAAGGGAUGGAUACCACUCUAGAGGGAGGAAAGGAAGAGUUGUCUGAUUGAGCCAGAUUUUAGUUCCAUGUAAAUAUAUAGUUUGUGCACUAUAUAUUGAUAUUACAAAGAAUAGAGUUGUAAAAAUAUAAUUGUGUUAUCUGUAUUACAAACUUGGAGAUCAAUAAAAUUAUAGCUGAUUUAAU